GGCAUGGCAGGAGGGGCGGCACGUGUGGGCGUCGGUGGCCUUCGCUUCCCUGUGCUGCAUGAAGCACCUCUUUGCUGUGGCGGGCCCCUUCUUCCUGCUCUUCCUCCUGCGCCACCACUGCUUCCCGCCACCCCCCGCCAGAGCUGCACGGCACAGCAGUGCACGUGGCAAGAGCAUCCCUUCCAGACGAAUAUCCCCCGGGGCAGCAGCCACGCAACCACUAGCAUCACGCAGCACUUUUAGCCUUCUGGCAUCGCUCGCCCGUAUAGCCACUCUGGGGGCAGCGGUCCUCUCUGUCCUCCUCCUCUCCUUCGCCCCUUUAUAGUCACAAACCAGAUCCCCAACCUGCUCUCCCGCCUCUUCCCCUUCGGCCGGGGUCUCAUGCACGCGUACUGGGCGCCCAACUUCUGGGCGCUCUACACUCUCACAGACAAGCUGCUCGCUGCUGGAGGAGCGGGAGGGAAGGGGGGGUGGACCAGGGGGCUGGUGGGCGAGGCGGUGGGGUUCUCGGUUCUCCCCAGGUGACGCCGCUGGGGUCGCUGCUGCUCGUGCUGGCCGCCAUGGCGCCCGUGCUGCUGCACGUGUGGCUGCGACCCGCGGCCUACAUGCAGAGGGACACCAUCGACAGUGGUAGCGAGGGCGGUGGUGACAAGGACAGCAGAGGCGUGAGCAAGGUGCAGCCCCAUGUCUCAUCCAGGGAAGCACGGUGUCAGCUGAGCGUGUACGCCAUUGCAGCGGCGCUGUCGCAUGUAUUUCUGAGUGCGUUCCUGCUGGGAUGGCACGUGCAUGAGAAGGCCGUGCUACACUGCCUGCUGCCGCUCUCCCUCCUCGCCUCCGCCUCCCCCGCAUGGGCGGCCGAGUUUCUCAUUCUUGCCACAGUGUCGCACUACUCUCUGCUCCCCCUCCUCUUCACACUCCCUGAGUACCCCAUCAAGCUGCUCCUCCUCUCCCUCUUCUCCCUCGCCCUCCUCCUCUCCUCCCUCCGCCUCUUCUCCCCCUCUCCCCACCACCGACGCACUUUAUCAACGCACCAACCAACUCCCAAUCCACAGUUCCCCAAGGUGCAGUAUCCAUCUUGGCUCUACAAGCUGCGAGUGGUUCAUGCCUUGGGUGUUCUACCCUUGGAAAUGCUUUGCCAGUUGCUGUACCACCACCCAGGGUUGCACGCACGCUUCCCUUUCCUUCCCCUGCUUCUCACUUCAGUGUACUGUGCUGUGGGCAUUACUGUAGCUUGGGCUGUGCAGCUAUAUGCUAUUGUCAGCUCGUGAUCCAUCCGUGGUCCUGUUGGACCGGUAUGCAUCAUAUGUACGGUAAUAGAGCCAUAUUUGAAAGCUGUAUGCUCUUGUACUUUACC